UCCAACAAUAAUAAUAUUAUUGUGUACAUACAUAUAUUAUUUGACUCUAUUUUUUAAGAAAAAAAUGUCAAGGGGUACAAUAGAGCCAUUAAUUGUGGGUAGAGUUGUGGGAGAUGUGGUUGAUAUUUUCACUCCACAUGUGAAAAUGAAUGUUAUUUACAGUUCUUCCAAACAAGUCGCCAAUGGCCACGAGCUUCUCCCUUCUUUUAUUUCUUCUAAACCUCGCGUUGAGGUCGGCGGUGAUGACAUGAGAUCAGCUUUCACUUUGAUUAUGAUCGACCCAGAUGCUCCAAGUCCAAGUGAUCCUUAUCUUAAAGAAUAUCUUCACUGGAUGGUUACAGACAUUCCUGGUACUACUGAUGCUUCUUUCGGGAAGGAGAUGAUGAGUUACGAGAGUCCGAAGCCGCAGAUUGGAAUUCAUCGUUACGUGUUCGUGUUGUUCAAGCAGCGAGGGCGACAGACGGUGAGAUUAUCGUCAUUGUCAAGAGCCCAUUUCAACACAAGAAACUUCUCUGAGGCCAAUGGAUUGGGCCUUCCCGUCGCUGCUGUUUACUUCAAUGCCCAGAGAGAAACUGCCGCAAGAAGAAAAUGAAUUAAGAGCAAGAGGAGAAGGGUUUCUUUUUUUUUUUUUUUUGUCUUUUUUUUUUCCUCCAUUUAUCUCUCCAUCAUCUUUUCUGGUCCUUAAGGUUUUUUUAUUACAAAUAAAGCCUCCUUCACUUCUUGGCACCUUUUCUUUUUACCACCCUAACCCCUUCUUUAUAAAAGCUAUAUUUUCUUCAUCUCUAUUAAAAUAUAUUCAUAAGAGAGAUUAUCAAUUCUACCCAACUUAACCCUAACUCAACUUAGAGUGUGUUUGAAUACAUUUUCAAACAUUUAAUUUUAAAAAUAAGUCAUUUUGAAAAAAAAAAAAAAUGGAAUCUUUGACAACCAUUCAAAAUAGUUUUUGAAGUGUAUUUUCAAUCAUUUUUGUCAAAAGCGUUUAAAUAAAAAUGAAUUUUUUGAACAACUCUUUUUUCUCAAGUCAAUCCAAACGGGUCCUUAGCUUUUGACAAAAUGGGUAUAACUCGACUGACAUAUAGAUCUAUUAAUAACAAAAAGCUUUGUGGUGUGAAUCUCUCCUCUCCUAUUGUGCUAAAAACUCAAUGCAACAUUUAAUUAUCUCUUGUGAAUUGUUAAACUAAAUAGAUUUAAAUACUAUUUUGGCC